AUGGCGCACAUGACCAACCCGCUGGCCACCGCCGAGCAGCUCUACAAGCGCAACACCUUCAGCUCUCUGCCGGCCGACCUGCAGGAUGUCAUCUUCUACGCGACGCAGAUCUUGACACAGGCGGCCGGCGUCCUGCUGGACCUCCCGCAGUCGACCACCGCGCAAGCCAAUGUCCUCCUUGCGCGGUACUGGCUCGUCGAGUCGCCAAUGGCGCAAGAAUUCAGCGACAUCUCCGCCGCUGCAAUCUACCUCGUCUCCAAAAUAGGACCCCUCCCACGCUCGACGCGCGACCUAUCCAACGUCUACGCCUACCUGCUAUCCUCCGCAUCACCCCUUUUCCGCAGCGAACAACCCCCAGAUCUCAAGACCAACCGCCCGGACCCGACGACGUAUUACCAGACGGACGGGGAGUACGCCGCCUUCCAGACGCGGAUGCUGGCCGCCGAGGCGCGGCUGCUGUGGGCCCUGGGCUUCGACACGGCGGUCUCGCUGCCGCACUCGCUCGCCGUGACGUACCUCCAGGCGCUAGACUUCCUCGGCAAGCCCAAGGCCGAGGUCGCGGGGCGCGUGAUUGCGCACCUGAACACAGCGCUGCUGAGCCCGCAGAUGCUGUACCUCACGCACCAGCCCAAUGCCCUCGCCACGGCGGCGGUGUACAUCGCUGCGCGGGACGUCGGAGCCAAGAUGCCCGAGGUGGCGUGGUGGGAGGUGUUCGAUGUCGAGCGGGAGGAGCUCGGGUUCCUCGUCGUUGGCUUCCGGAGUCUGGAGGGCUGGGUGAGGAGUGUAAAGGAGACCGGUUUGCUGAGUGCUGGCAUGAUCACGAGGGGUGUGAUCGAGAGGGAGGCCAGGCGUAGGGCCGGCGAGGGAGAUGAGGAGGAUGAGGUCAUGAGGCUGAUGGACCAGAAGACUGCAUAG